UUUUGAUCCAAACCUUGCAAACUGGCAAAUAUGAAAAUAUCGUUAGGAUUUGUGAUCUCGUUUUUCCUUUGUUUGUUCGGGGGAAAUUGCGCCCUUCUGGGGAUUGAUUUCGGAACUGAAUAUACCAAGGCGAUCCUCGUGGCACCUGGAGUUCCCUUUGAUAUUCUUUUGACAUCUGAAUCGAAAAGAAAAGAUGUUUCAGGUUUAGCACUUCUCAUGGAUCUAGACAAAGAUGGGAAAAAGGAAUUUCACAGAAAAUACGGUACACAAGCAUUAUCCACGUGUAUCAAAACCCCACAGUCAUGCAUGUUAUACCUCAAGCCCUUGUUAGGCCAAAGCCACUCAGAUGAUGCUAUGCAUGAUCAUGCUAGUAAAUUCCCUGGGAUUGGUUUGGGCGUACAACCAGGCAGAGAUGCUGUCAGUGUGAUCACUGCGGACAAAUCAAGCAAACACAACGAAACAUUUCUAGUCGAGGAAGUGAUUGCAAUGACAUUUUUGGAAAUCAAGAACCGUGCAAUGGAAUACUGGCAAGAAAGAUCGCCAGAAACUGUUGGGUCAGUUGAUGAAGUUGUUAUUUCCGUUCCUAGAUACUUUACAGAAGCCGCUAGAAUUGCGUUGACUGAUGCAGCAGAACUAGCAGGGCUGAAGGUCAUCUCCUUAGUUGAUGACGGAUUAGCUAUUGCUAUAGAUUACGGCCAAAAAAGAACAGAUUUUCCCGAGAAUGAAAAAGAGUAUCAUUUGAUUGUUGAUGCUGGUGCAGGCGCAACAAAGGUUAGCUUGGUUUCGUUUGUCAACUCCAACAACACCCUGACUCUAGAACUUGAAAAUUACGGAUUUAGUAAUAAGCUAAAUGGGGAGCUUUUCACCGUUAUGGUAAAGAACAUUAUUUUGGAGCAGUUUGCCGAGCGUAAUAAUAUUCCGACUGAUGAGAUUCUAAAAGAUUCAAGAGCUAUGCAGAAAGUUUGGCAAGCAGCUGAGAAGGGAAAGUUGAUUCUAAGUGCCAAUACUGAAACUACCGUCAAUAUUGAGUCAAUCUACAAAGAGCUUGACUUUAAAGGCGUCAUCACCAGAGCAGAGCUUGAAAAGAAAAUGGAAUACUCUUUGUCAGCCAUUCCUGAAAUGUUGGACACCGUUUUCAAGGGAUUCGAUAUCAAGAAACUUAACUCUGUCAUUUUAUCAGGGGGUUCGGUUCGUGUUCCGAUUGUUCAACAAAACUUAGUUGACUAUUUUGGAUCGAACGAGCUACUGUCCAAAAAUGUGAAUGCCGACGAGAGUGUUGUUUUUGGUACGACUUUAGAAGGUGCCCAGAUACUACAACUAACUCGCAAGAAGCAAUUCAAAGUCAUUGAUCGUAGUUCUGUUGAUUACAUUAUCCGGUACUUUUCUUCUGAAACGCCAUCAGUACCAGAAGGUGUUAUUCAAGUUCCUCAGGGCCUUUCAUCUCAAGAAAAACUCUCUGCAAAUUUGACUUCUUUCUCGGACAAGUUUGUACCAUCAAUCGAUAUCGAAGUAUUAUCUGAAGGUAAGUCAGUGAUACAAAAGUACAGCUUUAAGACUCCUAAAAGGUUCAAUGAGACAACAUGCGAAGGUGGACUUGAGUACUCGUUGAAUUACGGAUUUUCUCACUCAAAUAUUUUCCAGGUUAAGAAUAUCAAAUUGAAUUGCUACCCAGUCGUGAAUGGUACCGUUUCUGAGGUCGCCAAGGUUGGUAACAUGUUAUCCGACUCUACCUCUUAUGUAUUCCAACCAAUGUCACCUCAAUUGAAGAGUAAAUCGAUCAGCAGAUUAAACGCAUUUGAAAAGAAGGAUUUGGAGCGUCAAAAGAUGUCUGAUUUGAAAAACAAGCUUGAAGCUAAAGUUUACGAGAUUCGGUAUUUGCUCGAGGAGAACGAUAACAUUCUUCCAACAGAGCUCCUAGAAAGCCAUUCACUUAACGUUACCAAGAGUCUCCAAUGGCUCGACUAUGAAAGCGAUGACGCUACUAUGAAAGAUGUCCAAGAGAAGAUAAAGGAGGCUGAUAGGGCGGAGUCGGAAAUAAAGCUCUACCAGCUAGUUUCUCAGUAUGAUGAUGCCCUAGAAAAUAUCAAAUUACCUUACCAGCUUCUGCUUACAAGAAAGGAUGAGAUCAUCAAGGGUAUCGAUGAAAUUCUGGAAAAAGACAAGGCGUUGGCCGGAGAGUGUGAGAAAUAUGGAAUCGAUUACGAGAAGAAGAUUCAAAAAGUGUAUGGAACGGCUUGGCCGUCAUUUGAGACGUUAGUUGAGCAGAUCGAAGCAGAAACUAAAACGAUUGAGGCUAGUGUUUCUCUUCUAGAGCAAGGCGCCGAGGUCUUCGGCUCCAUCGAAGCCAACGUGCUUGUAGACGCCGUUAGGAAAUUAAGAAAGACCGAGCAAUUGCUGGCUUCUCUUGAGAAGGGCUAUGAGAGUGCCUUUGAGACCAGAAAAGAUUUUGUGAAUCAUUUUCUUGUUUCUGCCAAGAAGGCAAUCAAAAAGGCCGAGAAGGAAAAGCUCAAAGAGCAGGCCAAAACAGAAUCCACAGAGGCCGGCUCUAGCACAGAAGGUGGGGUUACGUCGGUGACAGUAGAGCUGGCAGAAUCAUCCACGCCCUCUGCUGGUAGCAGCAGUGUUGCCCACGACGAACUAUGAAGGGUAUAUAGUUGUGUGUAAAAUGUACAAAAACAAAUUAUUAAAUAGUAAUAAUCUCAAAGAAAA